UUACUCCCUGCUGCUUGUCCAAAAGUCCUGGAAGAACCAGCCGAUGAAGAAACACACGCCAUUUGUCCGCGCCUCGCGUGGCUGUGGAUCGUAACUCGUGCACGAGAGGAAACGGUGAGGUUUGGACCGUCACACUGCCACCCUCCAGCGUCCUGUGGUCAGCCAUUCUGAUCUGCUGUCAAAAUGACCUCACCACAGGGAGACCUUCCAGCACUGGAGUCGGGCACCCCAUCGGGUCUUUUCGGCACCUGUUCGUCUCCCAUCGGAUUGACUAGGCGCAAUGUAAGCUAUGAUGAGCUCAUGGAUGCCACCAUACAUUCACCUCCAGACAUGGCUGUCAACAUCUUUUGGAAAGACCCUGUCAUCCCACGGCACAGGUUCAGGAAGAAUGCAGAGGAGGGCCAGAUCCAACGGAAGUUGGUGGCUGUUGAGGCAGCUUCGCCAGUCAAGUCCCCGGCACCUGUUGUGAAAACUAAAGCCACCUCUUUAGUGAGCGAACUGAUGAUCAAGCAGACUCACGAGAGCCUCCAGAGGUUUGAGCACCAGGCAGGGCUCACUGAAGCCGGGUACUGUCCCCACAAGGGGCUCUCUGCUGAGGAGACACGUUUUCACCUACUGGUCGACGGCAAAUCAACAAAGUUGAAAAUGCCAAGCGGGGACUUCAAGGAGGACAGGUGUACAACAUCAAACCAAUCCACCCCUUCUGUCACCCCUUCUGUCACCCCCUCUGUCACCCCCUCUGUCACCCCCAGUGUGACUCCCCACUCAUCACCGUCUGUUAGUCGCAGGAGCUGGUUCCAGCAGAGUCCUGUUCCUUUUCUUGGCAAUCCAGAGCUUCAUAGUCCCAACCACAGCACAGACAUGGGAGGAAAUGAGGGCAGAGGGGGAGCAGAGAGGUGGAGCUUCUUUGGAUCUCGAUCUGUGGUACAGAAGUCCCCCACCGACCCAGGCUGUGAAACCAGCACAGGCUUCUCACUGCAGUCCUAUUUCGGCAUGCAGAAGUCCUCUACCAUGGAUGGCACCAACACACAGGUUAACUUCAAGGUGGACAACCCAGCCAAUUUCAUCCCCCCAAAGAUUGAAAUCUCGGGUAUCGAGAACAAGCCGGCACCCACGAAGCCACACAAACUAAAACCUCGGGACAUGAAUGUUUUAACACCCUCGGGCUUCUGAAGACCAGCUGUGUAAUAACACCUCUGCACCAUAUCUUUUAAUAGUUCUCUUCCCUCUUCUUCCCUACAAAUCCACUGAGGCUGAUGAGAAAGAAGGUGACCCCGUAGUAUUAGCUCACCAGCCACAGAGACGACCCUGCACACUUACUCCGAUGCAAUCUUCUGUCAGUCCAUCCCCUUUCUAUCCCCUCCAUCUGAUUGGUCCAAAUAAAAAAACAUUCAGUACAUUUUUCAUCUGUAAAGGUAGUUUUGCCUUGUAGUGCUCUUGUUUUGAGACAUAAUGGGUGCGUUGACAUGCGUUGCCUUGCUGUCCUUUGUCAAAGAGGGCAAAACUUGGAAGUUGUUGAAAUGAAGUAUUCUUUGCUCAAACUAAUCACUUUAGCAUUAUCUCUAAUAAAACUGACCAGCUAUUUCAAUUGAUAAUGCUCAAUUGCCUCAGUUUAUUUUAAUAAUAAUUUAUUUGAAUAAGUACACAGGUCUGUAGUAUAGCAUAUAUAUAGUAAGCAUGCUGAGUAUAGUGUGGGAUGGCUGAUAUGGGCCUAACUUCCAGCAUGUUUGCUUUUUGGCGUUCUUGUCAUUAAAGUAAAGCUUUUUUUUAUUAUUACUAUACUUGUAUGAAAGAGCAUCUCAUUUGCUUUGUAAGACAGUAUGACUGACCUUUUUAUUAUUUUUUUGUUAUUUCAACUGAAGCUUUUUUCAGUGUUCUGCAUUAAAUCAACAUUGAGCAUUUUAAAAUAAUGGUGUAUUCUGUUUAUUACAUUUUUAUAUGCAUCAGAAAGUAGUUUGAACAUGCUAUGAAAAUACAAAGCAUUGAAGUGGCACAAUAUAAAAAUUCUUGCUGUUUUGUUUGAAAAUGUUGAAUUCCAGUACGUAAAUGCACAAGGGAGAUUCUCUCCCACUUACAUCUGUAAAUAAAUCUGAUAAUAACAAGCAAAA